GGCAGUCUGGACCGAAGAAUUACAGUGGGCCCUAUCCCGAGCUAAGCUGUGGGGUGGACCGUUAUAAUUAGCGACUUGGCACAGUAACCUUCGGCCCAGGGCUGCCUGGACUUUGACAGCGACAACUCAAAAGUUGAAUGAAGCUGAAGUUAAACCUGAAGCACCGCGCCGCUGGCAACGCCGCAAUUCCCAGAUUGGUUGCCAAACGCUACCUAUUCAACCAAGGGCUUAUUCAGGAGUGUUGAGGAACGGCGACAGGAAUUAUUGUGCUCGGUUAAGCCUGCACCGCGGGCUCUGCCGCCAACAUGGCCCUCCCGCGUGGCAGGACCACGUACAAGAAGAAGGAAGGCAUCCUCACGCUGACCGAUGACCGCAGUGCCCUGAUAUGGAUGCCAAUGCCCGCAACGGGCCCGCCCACGGUGUCACUGGCGCUGGAGAAUAUAAUGAACCUUCAGCAAACACCGGACGGCGCACCAAAGGUCAUCUUGAGGGUCAUCGAGAAACCCAAACCGGGUGCGGGCGAAGGGGCGGCGCCGUCACAGUUUCUCUUCCAGUUUACGUCGCCCACCGAUGCCAGGACCGAGGCGAACGCCGUAAAAACCCUUCUCUCCCAGCUGCUGGCCGCUGCACGCGAGAACGACCCGAGCGUGCCAAAGCCCGCGGCGGCGGCGGCGGCGGCGGCGCAGAAUGGAACUGAUGGGACUGAUGGCGCCGGAGCCUCGGCGGCCAUGUCUUUUGCCAACACAGUGAACGCCAAGGCGGCGCCACCGAAGUGGUUCGACGACGACGUGCUCAGAGCAGACACCGAGCUGCAGCAGUCCCUCAUAACGAAGGACGAGGGUCUAGCUCGGACCUACAAAGAUGCAUUCGCUUUGAAGCCCGCCUCCAUCCCAGAAGCUGCAUUCAAUGCUCGAUUCUGGUCCACCAGAAUUGGCCUUCUCCGCGCUCAUGCCAUCGAGCUGAACCAGAAGAAAGGAGCCUACAAUGUUCUCUCGACCAUCAAGCCGCGGACCGAGGAUGGACAGUUCAAGCUCAGUAUUUCGUCGGAGCAGAUUUCCAUGAUCCUACAACAGCACCCGCUUGUGAGGCGGAUAUAUAACGACAAUGUCCCUAAACUUUCCGAAAGCGAGUUCUGGUCUCGCUUCUUCCUCAGCAAGCUCUCCAAACAGCUGCGCGGCGAGCGAGUAACAGAUAAUGAUAAUUCCGAUGCGAUAUUUGAUCGUUAUCUCAACGACGACAACACGUUCGGUUUCGCAAGCAAGAUUACGUCGACCCAGAAGGUCCCGCACAUCAUAGACUUGGAAGCGAACGAAGAGAACCAGGGCGGGUACAAGAGCGGCAACCGCAAGGAUGUCGAGAUGCGCCCGCGGGGAAACAUCCCCAUCAUCAGAACGUUGAAUAGUCUGAGUGAGAAGAUCAUGGCCAAUGUGGCCCCGUCAGACACCGAUCCGUCCGGCCCAGACGGGCUGGACGAUGACACGCGCACCUUUGGCGAGCUCACCCUGCGUGAUCUCCGCGGUGAUGCGAAAGCAUCCCGCAUCAUGCUGAACGUCAAGGAGCAAAACAAGUUCUUCUCCAACCACGACGCCCACUCCGAAGAGGCCAAGAUCUACGAAUCGCAGGUCCCCUCUGAGGUCCUCUUUGAAGUCCACGCCGACAUCGAGACGCUCGAGGACGACGGCUCGGGCGGAAUAGAUAUCCGCAGGGGCAUCGGCGUCGACGACGACAGCGACAGCGAGACGGACACCAAGAAGCCCAGCCACGUCGGGGCGCGGGGCGCGCGCAAGCAGGCGCAGAGCCAGAUCCUCGACGGGAUGCGCAAGAAGCGCAGCGAGACGCACGGCAUAUUCAGCACGGGCGGGGACGACGACGCCUCGCCCAUGGGGAUACCGCCCGAGAUCGCGCAGCGCUGCGUGCUCACCAACGCCACCACCACCGAGUUCCUCAAGCAGUUCUGGGGCGCCUUCCUGUCGGGCGACCCCGCCCGCACCCAGGAGCUCGCCUACUACGCCGAGUCGCUGCGGCGGUCGGCCGACCGCAUCGACGCCCUCGCCGCCGAGGCCGAGAAGAUCCGCCAGCAGGUCAUGGACAAGCGCAAGCGCGAGAUCAGGGAGCACUACGAGCGGACGCGCAAGAAGCUGCGGUGGCAACCCCCCAAGGGCGGCCAGGACUCGGUGCGGGCGCUGUUCGAGGCGACGCUCUUGGGCAUUAAUUCGGCCUUGGAGUUGUAUGUUACGGCGCUGGGCGAGGCGAAGGCCAGGAAGUGAGGGGACAGCCGGCUUAAUGGGCUGGGCAGGGUAUAUAAAACAGGAAAGCUUGCAUUCGUUCGUUAAUGAUACCAUUAGGCCAGGGAGAAAGUUUGAAAUAGAUAGUCUCUCCUACCCAACAACCCCUUUUUUGUCUAUUGCACGGGCAGGUAAUAAAUCCCCGGCGGUUACGUUA